CUGCCAGGCUUUGCUGGGUGCUCUGCUGGAUGCUGUGCUGGGUGCUGGGCUCUGCCAGGCUUUGCAGGGUGCCAUGCUGGGUGCUAUGCUGUGCUGGGCUCUACUGGGUGCUGGGUUCUGCCAGGCUUUGCAGGGUGCCAUGCUGGGUGCUAUGCUGUGCUGUGCUGGGUGCUGGGCUCUACUGGGUGCUGUGCUGAGUGCUGGGUUCUGCCAGGCUUUGCAGGGUGCCGUGCUGGGCGCUGGACUCUACUGGGUGCUGUGCUGGGUAGUGGGCUGUGCCAGGCUUUGCUGGGUGCCUUGCUGUUCUGGGUGCUGGGUGCCAUGCUGUGCUGUGCCAGGCUGUGCCGGGUGCCACCCCGGUCACUUCCUUGGCUCCCAAAGCCGCCGGCCCGGUUGUGCAGGAAGCGGCCCGGCAUUGCGUGCCUGGGGACAGCGAGGCCGGGGCAGCUGGGUGUGAUGGGGCCAUAAAGCACCUCUCCUCCUCCUCAUAAAGCUGCUGUGGGAUCGCUGUGCCGACCUCACCCCGUGUCCUUCCAUCCCUGCAGGGAUUUCCUGCCCCGUGGCUCCGGCAUCGUCACCCGGCGGCCGCUCAUCCUGCAGCUCAUCUUCUCCAAGACGGAAUAUGCCGAGUUCUUGCACUGCAAAUCCAAGAAGUUCACGGAUUUCGAUGAGGUGCGGCAGGAGAUCGAAGCGGAGACCGACCGGGUGACGGGCACCAACAAGGGCAUCUCCCCCAUCCCCAUCAACCUGCGCGUCUACUCGCCGCACGUGCUGAACCUGACGCUGAUCGACCUGCCGGGGAUCACCAAGGUGCCGGUGGGCGACCAGCCGCAGGACAUCGAGUUCCAGAUCCGGGACAUGAUCCUGCAGUUCAUCGCCCGCGAGAGCAGCCUCAUCCUGGCCGUCACGCCCGCCAACAUGGACCUGGCCAACUCGGACGCGCUCAAGAUGGCCAAGGAGGUGGAUCCGCAGGGCCUGCGGACCAUCGGUGUGAUCACCAAACUGGACCUGAUGGAUGAGGGCACCGACGCCCGGGACGUGCUGGAGAACAAACUGCUGCCGCUGCGCAGAGGAUACAUCGGCGUGGUGAACCGCAGCCAGAAGGACAUUGAUGGCAAGAAGGACAUCCGUGCGGCGCUGGCGGCCGAGCGCAAGUUCUUCCUGUCGCACCCGGCGUACCGGCACAUGGCCGACCGCAUGGGCACCCCGCACCUGCAGAAGGUCCUCAACCAGCAACUGACCAACCACAUCCGGGAGACGCUGCCGUCGCUGCGCAGCAAGCUGCAGAGCCAGCUGCUGUCCCUGGAGAAGGAGGUGGAGGAGUACAAGAACUUCCACCCCGACGACCCCACGCGGAAAACCAAAGCCUUGCUGCAGUGAGUGAGGGGGGCUGGGCUGGGGGGCUCCGCGCCGUGGGAGGGGGCAUCUGCCUUCAGUAAUUGGGGCCUGCGAGGACCUGUCCAACACAAGCCCUGCUGUAGCCCUGUGACCUUCAAGGACCCUGGGCAUUUGAUGGCUCUGUGAUUGUCAAGGAUGUGUCCAACCCAACCCGUUGUACAGUUCUGUGACCUUCAAGGACCCUUCCAACCCCGCCCAUCCUAUGGUUGCAUGAUUCUGUUAUCUUUGAGGACCUUUCCAACCCCGCCCAUCUCUGAGGACUUUUCCAACCCAACCCAUUGUAU